GCUAUUGAUGAGUUCAUUAGUACUCAGCGCUUUGUCGACAUGGAUGAAAAGGAAUCCAAGGCAAGCUCCCCGGCUAGUGAUUUUUCCGAAGAACUGAACGUCACUCCCCCGCCCACAAAUACAACCCUCUUGAAUGGUGGCAUCUCUGAAGAGAAGUUCGGUCGGCCGGUGAUGACAUCUACCCAGCGACCAGGGCUUUUUCUUUCCCAAGCUGUGCAUGCUCGAAAUGAAUUGUUUCCAAAUGAGUCUUCACCCAAACCUAUCGAGAAUCUGCAGAAGCCGAAGAUCUACCAUGAAGAGACAACCUACAACUUUUUCUCAACCAAGCCGGCUAAAACUUUCGAUAAAAGAGGAGACAAAAAGGCUGACGCGCCCUGGCUUGAUCUUCCACCAAAGAGAAGAAAAAGUAAAGUAAAAGUUGAAACACCUGAACAACAAGCUUAUGUUCUUCCAUCGACUCCAGCAGACGACGACAACUAUAAAACACCUAGAAGAGGGCCUAAAGUGGAGGUGACUAUCCAUUUUCUUUCGGGGCUAUUCCACAUUAGUUGA